GGAACGAAUGACGGUGAUAGAGUUAUUUUUGGGGGGGAUCCGUCCUCAGUUUAGUCCAUUUCCGCUCUACAUAGGUGUUCUUCCUGGUUGUUGAUUCCUCUGUGAAAGUAGCAACAUUUCGGCCAUGAGCAAGUUCCAGUAGAAUGCACGCGACGGCUGGAAGGAACGCUCGAUAGCGUGAAAUCUGCGUAGAUGCGCGCUCGCGUUUUGCUGUGAAAGCGUCUCCUUUUGCGCUGAAGGAUUCAUGCAAUGCAGUAUUCAUUUUGAUUAAGUCCAAAAUGCCCGACUGCUGUGCCGCAGCAAACUGCAAGCAGAGUACGGACCAGUCCAACGUUUCCUUCUUUAGGUUCCCACUGGAUCCCGUUCGAUGUAAACAAUGGGUGGUUAACUGCCACAGACCAGAUCUGGAGACCAAAACACCUGAAGAUUUACACAGGAACUACAAAUUGUGCUCAAAACAUUUUGAGACCUCAAUGAUAUGUGAGCAGAGCUCUCAGAAGUCUGUUUUGAACGACGAUGCUGUUCCUACUAUAUUCGAUUUUGCAACCAACCAGGACAAUGCACAAACUAGCAACAGAAAAAGGACACGGGAGAAAACAGGAGAGGAGCCAGUUGCCACAAAGAAAAGUAAAGGUACCACAAAUAACUCAAAUCCCUCUGUGCCAGAGGCACAAGUUAAAGUUGAGAGUGAUUCAGCUGAGAACAGCGAAACACACAAUCUUCCUGCACAUGAUGAAUCAGAAAAGGAGGAUCCUGCUGUUUCCAAAGCAAAGGAAACUUUGAAGGACUACUUCAAGGAGACUUUAGCCUUCACCGGUUUUAGCAUCGCCAACAACGCAUCUCUCAAUGCUGUUAAACCACUGGGGAAUGACCCAGCAGGGCCACUCUCGGUCAAUACCAUAUGCGCAGAGAAGAUCGACCAAAAAGAAGUGCUCGCAUUAGGUGAGGAUGUGAUGCGUGAGGAGAUCCGCAAUAGCUUGCGACUUGCACGCUUCUUUUCCAUACUUCUCCAAGACAGAAUAAACAUUGAGGGAAAGGACCAGAUUCCUGUGUUUAUCCGCUCAGUCACAGGUGAAGGCUUCCCACAGAAGCACCUCUUGGGAUUCCUUCCCUGCGAUCUUGACUCUGACAGCCUGUUCCUUAUGCUUAUAUCCGAGAUCCGGAACAAGUGGGGCCUGCGGAUGGAGCACUGCCGUGGCUUCACCUACCUGUCAUCAGGUGCCAUGUGUCAGAAACUAAAGGAUCUCUCCUGCAGGAUGCUGCGAGAUUUCCCACAAGUGGUUUUGUCCCCCAGUGAGCCUUACGCCUUCAACGUAUGGUUGAUUCGCUCCAUGCCCAUCCUUCCAAUUCAGGAGGUUAUUGAUACUGUAGAGCAGGUUGCUGCCAUUGUUAGGCAGUCAGAAACUCUGGCGAAGAAACUUGAUGCCAAGAUCACUGCUACAUACAGCCACAUCAAAGGCGAAGUGGACCGAGUGAAGGAGUCCUGUCAGAACCAUUGGGAAUACGCCACCGAUGCUUUCCAGACAAUGCUUGAUAUCUUGGAGCCACUUCUAAGCAGCAUUGGAGAGAUGUGCACCAGUGCCCUUUCAGAUGUGGACGCAGACACUGUUGUGGUGCUUCUAAUGCUGAAAGAGAAGCUGAAGAACUUUAAUUUCAUCAUCACUCUUGUGGUCUUGAAGAACACACUGUGUUGCGUGAGCAUCCUGAACCCCAGCCUCAGAGGAAUAAUCAGCAUCAGCAGCACUUUGCAGUACACCAUCUCCAACGCCUUAAAGCUUCUAACCAAACACAUGCAGGAGAUCGCCAUUUUCCACAGGAAGUGGUUCUCUGAUGCAGUGGGCAGAGCCAAGAAGUUGGGGGUGCCAGUCAAUCAGCCAGUGGAGAUGGUGACAAAUGGUGAUGGUGAGGAGAAACCGCAAGUCUCGUUGGAGGAUUACUACAGGGAAGCACUGAGCAAGAAGGUUUUACAAUACCUUGUUGAUGAAGUUAAAAGAGUCCUAGGCACUGAAAUGGCAAGAAUCCUCAGAUGGCUGUCAUUGGUGCCCUCUUACAUGGCUGACCACAAUUUUAGCAUCCGCAAAGACAAAGUUGCUGAUGCUAACCUGAAUAACCUGGCUCGUCCUGACUCCUUUUAUGAUGAGCUGGGCUGUUGGGAAGUGAAAUGGCGGCAUGCUAGCAAGCGAAGGAUUCUUCCCACAAGUGUGUUUGCUACCCUCAAGAUACCAGAUAUAGGCUUUUACCCAAAUGUGCAGAGCCUGUUGAGAGUAUUGGGCACCAUCCCGUGUGUCCGCGCAGAAUCGGAUGUCUAUGGGCACUAUGACAUGGUGUUGGACCGCUAUCAAACCUACAUGAAAGAAGUAUCAGCGGAAAAGAGACUGAGCAAUUUGGCCUUUGUUUAUGUCAAUCAAGAUGUCCACUUCAGCAUUGAGGAAAUGGUGGAGGCGUAUGUAAAGAAAUAUCCGGAUAUUCUGCAGCUGUUACUUGACGAUGAUGUAAUGGAAGUGCAACCAUCAGUUCCAGAAACCAGUGCAAAUGACGCCUCUAAAGAAGAUACGGAAGAACCAAGAGAGAUGACUUUAAAUAUGGACAUUGAGAUGCAGAAAACACCUGAGUGUGCAGAAACUGAUAAAGAGGCGUUAAAAUCUGCAUUACAGGCUGCUGUCACGGCUGCAUACAGCAGGCAAAGCAGACAUACUCAGGGUGAUCAAGAUCAAGAAGUAGAAUAUGUGACCAAAUCUGAGAUGAAUGAAGUCCUUAAAGUGUGUGAGGAUGUUGUUAGGGAGAGGAUUCUUUCAGAGCUCGGAACUUCAUUCUUCUCCUUGUUUAUCGACCGAGUUGCCAGAUGUGGAGUGAUAGACUACUUACCCAUGUUCAUCAGAUUUGUUGACAGUUUCGAUGUCAUGCGCCUUGAGCUUCUGGGUUUUAUUGAGGUUGCUCAUGACACUGAGGCAAUGUGUGAGCGGCUUUUUGAUGUUGUCACCAGAGAGUGGCAUCUGGAUUUGAGCUACUGCAGAGGUCAAGCUUACCUUGGCUCUGGGGAAGUGUCCUACAAGCUCAAGGCUUUUGCAUGUAAAAUACAGGAAAAGUUUCCUCUCGCUAUAUGCACACACUGCUCAUGUUACUCUUUCAAUACGUGGUGGUCAAGGUCAGUUCCAGUAGCUGCUGUCAUCAGAGCCAUAGACACGCUGGAGGAGAUAGUGUCGUUUUUCCAAAGCUUGCCUGCCCUCGAGAAACAGUUGGAUCAAGUCUUAGCCAUAGGCCUAAGAGAGAGCUAUGAGAAAAUCCAUGAGCUUCAAGGAAAGUUCUGCUCCACUUGGCUUGAGAAACACGACUCUUAUGAAGUCUUCGCUCAGAUUCUGGAGCCUAUGGUUGAUUGGCUAGAAAACAUUGAUAACUGCCAAUCACAAAGAUGGAAUUUGGAUGUGUCCAACCGAGCCAAGAGACUACUUCAAUUAAUAAGGGACUUUGAUUUCAUUGUUGCAAUCGUUGCGCUGAAAAAUGCCUCAUCCUUCACCAAAGAACUGAGUGCAGCACUACAGAAAGACCACUUUAGCGCAGCCUCGCAGCUCAGCCAGAUCAGUGGUAUUGUAGCCACGCUUAACAGAGUGAAAACCAACAUCAAGGUUUUCCAUCAGAAUUGGUUUGAUGAAGCUUCUUCUUUUGCUCAGAAUCUGGGUGUGCAGGUUAAAGUGCCUGAUGGUGUGACCAUUCCAAGGGAUAGCCUCUUGAAACCAGGUUCCUACUACAAAGACGCAAUGAGUGUCCCUUUAGUUGACCACCUUAUAAACAUGGUGAAAGACUACUUCUCUGAUGACCACAAAGAGGCUCUCAACUUAUUGUCCUUGGUCCCAUGCUCUGUGACAAUGAGCUACAUUUUUGAAACGCUCAAGUCAAAACCUCCAUUGUACAUCAGUGACCUUCCCGAUCCUGACAACUUCUUCACGGAGCUGAGCUGCUGGAAAGUGAAGUGGAAGACAAAAGUGGUUACUUUUACCAUACCAGAGACCAUUUUUCAGACUCUGCGUCUGCCCGUCAUGCAGUACUUUGUAAACAUCAACACAUUGCUGAAGAUUAUGUGCGUGUUGCCAAGCACAGCUUUGGAAUAUUGUGGUGAGGUGAAGCGGCACAUAAUGUAUCAAGACUACUUAAACAACACCUCACCUAUGGACAGAUCGCCCUGUUUAGCUGUGCUUCAAGUGGGCACUGACUUUAACAGAGACCUAGACCGAAUGGUUAGUCAGUGCUUAAAGCUCACACCUAAGACGCUGGAGGGUAUUUGUCUGGACAAAGAAUCAAAAACCUUAGGAAGGAUUGUUGAAAUGAAAACAGAAGAUGAUUCCCAAAUGGAUGAAGUAGAGAACAGGGAAGCUCAGCAGGACAGAGACUCCAGAAUACUUGUGAUGAAUUCUGAGAUGACAGGCGGUGAAGCAGAUAUCCUCAAAGUGGAAACAGAGAGCAUAGAGACUCAGCAGCAGUCUGAGAACAUAGAAGUGGUUGCUGGUUGCACAGACGUGGCAGCUGAAGAGCAGCAUGUAAAGGAAGUGGAACAGGUUCCAGAUGAGAAUGGCCAUUCUGGUGAACCAGCAGACAACAUAAGGAACUGUGAAGAAGUCUUUAAACAGGCAGCUAAGCUGGCAAGGAGAAACUGCUCGUUGAUUGAUCUCAGUAAACCAGAGCAAGAUGCUAUUGUUCAAAAACUUGCGUCAUGCCAUUGGGUACAGGAGGAAGGGACAUCGUUUUCAGAGGGAGAAAUGUUACAAAGAUUUGUGAAGGCCGUACGAGAAAUAAUCCUCACUGAAGUUCAAGACUCUCCUUUCUUUUCCAUCAUCACUGAUAGAGCUAUUUCAGUGGGUGAUGCGAAGUUCCUACCAGUCUUUGUUCGAUAUGUGAAUGACUGCAUUCCGAAAGUGGAGCUUAUAGGAUUUCUGCCCUUUGAUGAAAACUCUGAUGUGGAUUUGCAAGCUAAGGCUCUUGCAGCCACACUUGAGGAUGAGUGGGGACUUCAGAUGGGCUGCUGUCGUGGCCAGUCCAUCAUGUGCUUUGGUACGGGGAGCCAAAGUCUCAGGAAGAUGGCUUUGGGCUUUUUAGAGAGCUAUCCGUUAGCUGUGAACACUCCCAGUGAGUCUUGUGGACUUGCUUAUUGGCUGGCUUUAAGCUUACAAAAUGCCUCCAUUACAAAGGUUCUAGAGACCACUGAAGAUCUGCUACAGUUUUUUGACCAGUCACCCCAAUUAGAGAGUGAGCUUGCCAAGACUAUGGAUGGGCUGUUGAAUACCCCACGGGAAGCACUUGCAGAAAUUCCAGAGACAUGCCUGUCCAGAUGGAAGAAAAGAGAAGACUUCUUCGAUAUUUUGGUGGACAUGCUGGACGGAGUCCUGAACUGCUUAGAUUCUGUUAGCACCAACUCCAGUGGGUCAUGGAGUAGUAGCAUGUCACUGCAUUCCCAGAGCCUGUCCACAGCUCUUAGACAGGUUGAUUUUGUCAUCCCCCUUGUGAUCUUGAAGAAUGCCUGUGCUCCCUUGAGGAAUUGCAGCACUGUGUUUCGCUGCGGAAACCCUGCCGACAUUAUUUUCGAGCUUGAGAAGAUUAUGCCAAUAAUAGAUUCUUUUAGCAAGAUGUUGGACAAUGUGAGUGCAGUGCAUUCUGUCUGGUUUGAGGAGGCAGUGGAGCUUGCUACUAAGGUCAUGGGAUUGCUGUCAUACGCGGAAUCUGUCAGUGGCUACGAUUCACCAGAAAUGUUCUACAUGGAAGCGGUUAGCUUACCAGUUCUAAAUGGCUUGAUGGAAGAAAUGAAGUUUAACUUCUCAGAGAAUCACCUAAAAGCCCUGAAAGUUUUGUCCCUUCUGCCAACGUGCAACCCUCUGCCUAUACUCCCAGAAUCCACAGAUAAACUGCACACUAUAUACCUGAGCGAUCUCCCUGAGCCAGAGACCGCAGAAGAAGACAUUAACACCUGGGCCACAGUAUGGAGGGAAAAGUAUCAAGAUGUUUGUCCUCCCACCUCCAUCUCUGAGACGCUGCUCCAUAAUGAAGCCAAAAACCUUCCAAAUGUUGCAACGCUUCUUCAGCUUGUGGCCGUGUUGCCUAGCAUUAGCAUGGAGUGCGAUCUAAUGAAGACAACGCUUAACUCAUUGAGGACCUUACUCAGAGAUGGUAUCUUCAACAACGGCAGUAAGACUGAUGCAGUGAUGCUUCUUAUGCAUCGCCAGACACUACAGAGCCUGGAGGAGGUGAUUGAGAAAUGCAUGGAGGGUGAUCCAGAAAGUAAUCAAUUUCUUGCUCAGGUAAAAUCAACAGUUAAUCACCUGAGAAUGGAAGGUGAAGUGAUUGCUAUGGCUCCACAGGGAAUGGCUGUGGAUACAAACGGUUCAAAUUAUCAACAAGAGGCAAACAAUGCCGGAAUCGGUGUUGAAACUGCUGCUCCAGAGGAAGUCCUAUUGGAGACCAAUGGCUCUAGUGAAAUAGAAGGAGCUGAAGAAAAUACACCUGACCAGUCAUCAUCUUUAACACUUAGCAGCUCAGACCAAGCCACAACUGCAGCUGAAGUCAUCCCUGCUUGCAGCACUCAGCCAACCAGCACACCUGACCAACCAACCGAAUCUGUCCAAGAUGCCACUAUGCAAUCUACAGGAGUGGAACAUGAUGGAAGUGAUCAGCUGAUCACACUUGUUCAAGAUGUAAAUGAUAGGUUCGAAGUACCUGAUCAGUGUGGAAUUGGUCUACCAGUAACGGGGGAUCAAACAGUUACCAAUCAAGCUGAAACUGAGCAGUCCAAUGAAGAACAGCCAGCUAGCACUGCUCAGUCAGAAUCAGUUGAUCAAAGUGAAACUGGUGACCAGCCUAUGGAGGUUGAUGGUUUUGUAGCAGCAGAACCAGGUGAAGCUGGUCAGCCACCAACAGAGGAACAAAGUGUACCUGAUCAGUUUGUGGCAGUUGCUCAAGUUGAAACUGAUUCCUCCAUUGUUGCUCAAGGUGAAAGUUGCCACAUAGAUACAGGGUUAGCAGAUGGUCAGGUUGUGUCAGAGGAUCAGAGUGAAUCUGUUCAGCUAAUGUCAGUUGAUCACAGUGCAAAUGAUCAGUUAGAGUCAGUCCAUCAGAGUGAAACUGAUCAAGCCAUGGAAGUUGAUGAGAGUGUAAAUGAUCCAUAUGUAGUUGAAGAUCAGGGUGAAAGUGGCCAGCCAGCAACAGGGGAACAAUGCAUAGUUGAGCAGUUGGAAGUUAGUCCAGCUGGAACAGAUCAGUCUAUUGUAAAAAGUCAGGAUGAAGCUUGUCAGAUAGUAGCAGUGAUGGCAGAUGAAGGUGAAACUAGUCAAUUGGUAUCAGUGGAACAAACUGGAUCUCAUGAACUUGAGGCUGUUGAUUACUCUGGAAAUGAUCAUUCUGUAGCAGCAGGUCAGGAUGAAACUUGUCAGUCAGUAACCAAAGAUCAGACUGUAAAUGAUCAGUUCAAUGCAGAUGGUCAGUCUGAAACUGUACAUCCAGUAGUAGAAAGUCAAGAUGCUAAUCAGACAGAACCAGAGUUAGCAAAUCAAGGCGAGUUAAUUUCAGAGGAUCAAAGUGAAUCUCAUGAGCUCAUGGUAGUUGACUCUGGAAAUAAUCUGAUUCAAACAGCAGAUCAAAGUGUAACUGGUCAGACAGAAACUGGGUUCCCAAGUGAAGCUAGUCUGUUAACAUCAGGAGAUCAAAAUGUAUCUGAACAGCUCAUGGUAGAUGUUGACUCUGGAAAUGGUCAGUCUGUAACAGCAGAUCAAAGUGUAACUGCUCAAUCAGAAAUAGGAGACCCAAGUGUAACAGAACCAUUCAUAGUGGUUGGUCAAGUUGAAAAUGAUUGUUCUGUAGUAGAGGAUCAAGAUAAGACUGGUCAGACAGAAACUGAUUUCCCAAGUGAAGGAGAAACUAGUCUGUUAGCAUCAGGAGAUCAAAAUGUAUCCGAACAGCUUAUGGUAGAUGGUCACUCUAAAAAUAAUCAGUCUGUAACAGCAGAUCUAAAUGUAACUGGUCAAUCAGAAAUAGGAGACCCAAGUGUAACCGAACCAUUCAUAGUAGUUGGUCAAGUUGAAAAUGAUCAUUCCAUAGAUCAAGAUCAGACUGGUCAGACAGAAACUGGUUUUCCAAGUGAAGGAGAAACUAGUCUGUUAGCAUCAGGAGAUCAAAAUAUAUCUGAUGAGAACAUGGACGAUGAUGACUCUGGAAAUGAUCAGUCUGUAACAGCAGAUCAAAGUGUAACUGCUCAGUCAGAAAUAAGAGAACUAAGUUUAACAGAACCAUUCAUACCAUUCAUAGUAGCUGGUCAAGUUGAAAAUGAUCAUUCCAUAGAAAAGGAUCAAGAUAAGACUGAUCAAACAGAAACUGGGUUCCCAAUUGAAGGAGAAACUAGUCAGUUAGUAUCAGGAGAUCAAAAUGUAUCUGAAGAGCACAUGGUAGAUGAUGAUUCUGGAAAUGAUCAGUCUGUAACAGCCGAUCAAAGCGUAACUGGUCACUCAGAAAUAGGAGACCCAAGUGUAACAGAACAGUUCAUAGAUGUUGGUCAAGUUGAAGAUGAUCGUUCCAUAGUAAAGAAUGAAGAUAAUACUGGUCAGACAGAACCAGAGUUAGCAAAUCAAGGUGAGUUAAUUUCAGAGGAUCAAAAUGAGUCUCAUGAGCUCAUGGUAGUUGACUCUGGAAAUGAUCAGACUCAAACAGCAGAUCAAAGUGUAACUGGCCAGACAGAAACUGGUUUCCCUAGUGAAGGUGAAACAAGUCAGCUAGUAUCAGGAGAUCAACAUGUAUCUGAUCAGCUCGUUGUAGAUGAUGACUCUGCAAAUGAUCAGUCUAUAACAGCAGAUCAACAUGUAACCUGUCAGUCAGUUACAGAAGAUCAAAGUGUACCUGAUCAGUUUGUAGCAGUUGAGUCAGAUCAGUCAAUAAUUGAAAGUAAAAAUGAUACCGCUCAGACAGAAACCAUGUUACUAAACGAGGUUAGAACUAGUCAGUCAAUAUUGGGGGAUCAAUGUGGAGCUGAUCAGCUCAUGGUAGUUGACUCUGAAAAUGAUCAGUCUGUAACAGUAGAUCAUAGUGGAACUGGUCAGUCUGUCUUACCAAAUCAAGUUGGAACUAAUUCGUUAGUUUUGGGAGAUCAAUGCAGAUCUGAUGAGCUCAUGGUUGUUGAGUCUGGAAAUGAUCAGUCUGUAACUGUAGAUCAAGGUGGAACUGAUCAGUCGUCAGCAGAUCAAACUGUAACUGAUGCAUAUGUGGAAGUUGCAACUCAUCAGCCUAUGGUAGAACAUCAAAGUGGAUUUGGGUUAGCAGAUAGAAGUGGAACUUGUCAGAUAGCAUCAGGGAAUCAAAGUGGAAAUGAUCAACUUGUGGCAGAUGAACCUUGUGGAAGUGAUCAGUCUGUAGUAGAAGCUCAAGGUGAAACUAUUACUGCAAUUGCAUUGAAUCAAAGUGUGCCUGAGUCUGAGGCACUUAGUCAAGGUGGAAAUGAUCAGAUAGUACCAGGAAAUCAAAGUGAAACUGAUCAAGUUGGCCUUGAGCAGCCCAUAAUAGCUACAGAUUGUGGCACAGGUCAGUUCAGUUCAGUGGCUCCAGAUUGCUCAGACCAAGUAACAGCAGCAGAACACUUUUGCCUUGAUCAGUCCUCUGCAAUAACUCCAAGUGUUACUGACCACUGCACACCUGUUUCACCUGAGGAUAUUACUGAUCACCCCAUGGAGGUAGAAUCUGAAGGCACAGUCCAGUCUGAAGAAAAGACUCCGGAUGAUACAAACCAAGUAGUUACCCUGGAUGGCACUGGACUAGAAAAAAGAGUUUUUACUCCCUACGAUGCUGUUGCUCGAGAGGAAUUGCUCAAGGAGCUCUGCAACGUAAAGUUCUUUUCCAUAGUCACUAAGGAAGAGUUUGCAAUUGAUGGCCAACCAUACAUACCUGUAGGAGUACACUACCUUAACCAACAAGACAUUCAGUGUGAAAAUAUAAUAGCCUUUAUCCCCCUUUCCACAAACAUUGCUUCAUUCGUAGAUGCACUCACCAUCGCCCUUUCUGAGAAGUGGGGUUUGGACUUGGCACUCUGUAGAAGUCAAACCUUGCCAAGACCAGGUGCCUCAGUCUCUCAGAUGACACAGGCUUCAGCUUUGCUUUCCCAGAGACUCCCUCAUGCCUUUAGUUUCCCGAACCUUGUGACUCCAAAAUCUUUGCUAGCCAGUUUGUCCUCCCCGAGAGAGAUAACUCAGUGUUUUGAGUGCUUGGAGCAGCUCUUCACAUGGUUCUCUGAGGAUAUUCAGCGAAGUGCAAGACUAGAGGAUGCUGUUGUAAAUUUGUUCCAGAAGGACGAAAGGAAGGCCAGUGAGCUGAAAGCCAAGAUCAGCAGCAAUCAACUGGCGAUGAGCCAUGAAGUUCUGGAACUUACAACAGAUAUUCUAGAGGACAUCGUCUUUUGCUUGAAUGAGAUCAAAGGGAUCCAAGAUAAUGAGGCAAACACAACACAGGCUCAGCGCUUCCUUUCUGCUAUCCAAAACUUUGAUUUCAUAUUGACAGUUGUGAUUAUGAAAAACAUCUUGAGCCUCACCAAAAGCAUAAGCCUGAGUCUUCAGGGAAAUUCCUACGACGUGUAUCAAGCUGUAAACCACCUGUCUGAUCUGCUGCCCUCUCUCAAUGAAAUGAAGAACAGUAUUGACUCACAUCAUCAAAACUGGUUUCAAGAGGCAGUCGUUUUAACUUCUAAGCACGUACCUUCACUACAACUACCCUUAAAUGUGCACUACAGAGAGGACAUCAGUAAAGGGGCCAUUGAGCAUUGUAUUGCUGAGGUGGAAGGGCUCUCCCAGGAUGUUCUGUCUGCUCUUCGCUGCUUGCAGGUUGUGCCUUAUGUCAUGUCCAAAGUGGAGGGAUGCUGCAAGGACACUGAGUUUGUCAAGGUGUUCCAAGAUGUCUUACCUGACCCAAACUCCAUCCAGGAUGAGCUGCAGAGGUGGCGGGACAGGUGGCAAGACUCUACCGCCGGUCAUCAACACCUACCCGACACUGUUCUCGCCACUCUGAAAACUUCUGACAUUGAGUCGUUUCCCAACAUUUCAACUAUCCUUAGGCUCCUGGCAGUCCUGCCCGUCUCCAGCACGCAGAGUAGCUUCACACAGGGAAAGAUGAAAUCUGAGCUGUACCCUCUGUAGUAGGCUUGGCUUAGCUGCCCCCAAACAAGCUCUCUAAUAGGAUGUCAUACACUGCUGAAACUUCAGAAUGUCCCACUGUAUUCUCUAAACUGUAGAUCACAUCUGACUGUAGGUUUCAGUAUGUUUAUUUUAUUAGUUGAAUUAGACCUGUACACUUUAAGUAUAAUCACGUAAUGGUUUUAUUGAUGUUUUUGUCUUUUUUAUGAUUUCUUUUCCUUUUACAUAAGUGGCAUGGAAAGAGAGGACUGCCAAUUGGGACCAAUGUCUUGCCAAAAAAAAUGAGAAUGGGAUGCCCUUGGGGGGGGGCCUUACUGCUUUGUGCCUUUAUGCAACAACCCAACAUAACUCUUUGAAUCAUGCGAGACAAAAAGUCUGGAUGGACACUUUCACACCACACUUUUUGGGAAUUUCCUAAUAUCUUCAGGAACUUUUAGAGACUUCAGAUCAUAUAAAUAUUCUGAGAUGCAUUGUGAGGAUAAGAGAAUUCUGUUUUAUCACAAUGAAUUAUGACUGUGUUAUAUUGUCAAAACGUCAUCCCACGGCACAAACGAAAAUCAGUCUGUCUCUGUAUCAUUAUGCGUGUUACAAUGUUUGAUUUGUUUGCAGUUUUAUUUAGAUGAAUGGAUCUUUCUGUAAACAUUUCUCCCAGAAACCCUCCUCAUGAAGGACGCGUUCAUAUAUAUUUGACUAAAAUAAACAAAUAAAAUCAUUGAAAAGAA